AUGAAUUCAAGGCUUUCUAAUUUAACGCCAAUUCGAUCCAGGGAAAAUAUCUUAAAGGAUGAAUAACAUGAACCACAUCAUUAAAGGAGAACAAAAAUUGUCUGUUCUAUAAAUGAAAAAACAUGUGAGAUCGAUAUUAUUAGAGAAAUGUUAAAAGCAGGAGCUAAUGCACUCAGGUUUGUUCUUAUUAGACAUUAUAAUAUUAGUAUAAACACAGCUUACACUCAUGACAGAAGAUAAUAUGAGAAAUUAAAAAUGAUCAGAGACCAAUUGGAGUAAGAACUAGAUCAUACAAUCCCAAUUAAUAUGAUGCUUUAAGGAAAGAUAACUAGAAUAGGUCAUUUAAGAUAGCCAGAAAUAUACUUAAAAGUAUAAUCAUUAUUCUUAGAGAAUAGAAAGGAAAUAUCAUAAGAAUUACUUAAGACAAUAAAGUGAUUGGUGAUGAAAAUAUCAUUUGUGUAGACCAAGAUGAACUUUUUACAUAAGCAAAGGUUGGAGAUCAAAUAUUCAUUGAUUAUGGCUAGAUCGUGUUAAAUAUCAAAGCCUAAGAAACAGAUUAGGAGUAAAAUUAUAAAGGAAUUUAAAAGGGCUAAAUAGAUUUUAAUGGAAAAAUAUCCAGAUUUGUACCCCACAGAAGCCAUGUUUAAAAAUAGUAUAUUUGAGUAAGAUAAAUCCGAAAAAAGUAAAUUGUAGUCUAAAAGUUCUUUAUCCAGCGAAAACUCAAGAGGAGCUUCGUCUACACAAUUGUAAUCCAAAAAACAAAAAUAUAUUGAUUAAAUCAUCUAAAAUAAAAAGCAAAAGCUUGCUACAAAAAGUUUAAUAGUUUUCAUUUGUGAAAUCGAAUAAAAUUGUAAAAAUGUGCUCUAAAUAAAGGUUUAAUGAGACCAUUUAAACCAUUAUUUAUUACAAAUAGAACUAAAGAAUAAAAAUAGAUUAUAAAACAGUCGGAUGAUUCUGAUGAAGAGAUUGAAACCUAGAUUACUUCUAAAGAUAUAAAUGACUUCACUAUUGCCAAAAGAUUAGAUUUUGAUUCUAUUACAUUGUCAAAUGUAAGUAGACCUGAAGAAGUGCAUGAAGUUCUCAAAUAUCUUAUAAAUAGUUAAAACACUUGUUGGGUUCGUCAACAAAUAUUCAGAUCUUUGUUAGAAUAACAACAUAGGAGGGGAUAAAUAAUUUUGAUAAAAUAAUGGAAAUUGCAGAUGGUUGUAUAAUUGCUAGAGCUUAUUUGGCAACUUGGGCAUAAAUUGAGGACGUUGUAUAAAUGUAACACGAUAUGAUAUUAAAUUGCAGAAAACUUGUUAAACCAGUAGUAUUUUAAUUAAUUAGGUUUUAAUUUCAACAUAAAUUUUGGAAUCAAUGCUUACUUAGACGAAUCCUACAUUUGCCGAAAUGGGAGAUAUCGCAGAUGUAGUCGAAUAACAUAUUGAUGGUAUUAUGUUAUCUGGAGAAACUACUUAUGGAAAUCACCCUAUUAAAGUAGUUUAAGCUUUAGCAAGAAUCAGCACAAAUAUAGAAAUGCACACUAGAUUGUAAUAUCAGGGAAUAUUUUAAAUUAAAAUUUAAGAGAAUCCCAUUGCUUCCAUUAUAGCUUAGAAUGCAAUUGAAAAUGCCUACAGGUAUUAUUAAAUUUAAUUAGUCUGCGCGUGAAACUGAUAUUACUGUUUACUACAGGAGAAACAGCCUUAAGCUUAUCAAAAUUACAUGCUCCUUGUCCAAUAGUUGCAGUAACAGCAAAGAAAACAAUUGCUAGAAAUCUCAACAUAGUAAAUGGUGUGAUUCCAUUUCUGGUUGGAAGCCUAGUUGGAAUUGAAUAGUAAAAAUAUUCAAAUAAAUUUAAGAUUAACUCCUAGAAUAUUGGAAAAUUUUAAAUAGAAAGGAUGGAUUAAACAAGGGGAUUAUAUUAUUAGCAUAUCUGGGUUAUUUGGAACAUAAGAAGGCAUAAUCAAUUAGAUGACAAUUUUGCUUAUUUGA